AGUGUCAAUAAUUUUUGCUAAAACCGCUUGGUCAUUCGUACUCUUCACACUAAAAUACAACAAAAUUAUAUGAUGGAGCCUUCUGUGAAAGUGAAGCCUGCGAUGUCCGAGUCGUUCGACGUAACCAAAGGGCAUCUUGCUCCGUUGGACAAGAAUUGUUCCGGACAGAUUAGUUUUGUUCAUCCUCUGAAGGAUUCCGAGGAGAACUACGAUGCUCAUCAUAAUUCAUUGAAUAUGAACAUCUUGAGAAAUCGGGAGGGUCUACAUGCGCCCCUUAAAAUGUCCAUGGAGAUCCAGGCCGUGAAGAAAGUUGGUAGAUUGCCUUUUCUCCAAUCUAGCAAUGCUUCACUCGACUCUCUAACUGGAAGGGAUCUCUGCAUUGAUUUUACGGACUUUCUCAGCACUCCAGAAUUCAGUGAACAUCUUCGUCAGCCACACGCUGUCAUGGAAAAAUCUUUGGGUAUUUUGUAAUUUCUAUUAUAAUUCCUACUCAAUAAAAUGAAGUUUACAAUAA